UUAUUUAUUUAUUUUUGGAACCUUCCUUUGCCCAGAAACCCUCCUUCACUGCAUUCGAUACCCUUUUUUCGUUUCUACCGCUAUUUUAGGCAGUUUCCCGUUCCAUUUUUAAUUGAGUUUGACAUUAUUUCCCCCAUGUCAAUAGAUUAUCUGAUGAUAAAAUUAGCUGAACAAAAAAUUCGUCGAAAUAAAGACGGCAGACCACGAAAACGUUCUCAACACACAAAAGGCAACAAAUUAUGGGAAUUUAUUAGGGAUGCAUUAAAAGACCCAAGAACUUGCCCUUCAAUUGUUCGUUGGGAAGAUCCUUCUGAAGGGGUAUUUCGAAUUGUUGAAUCUGAACGGCUGGCAUUUUUGUGGGGACAGAAGAAGAAUAACCAGAAAAUGACUUAUGAGAAGUUGAGCCGAGCAAUGAGGUGAGGGAGAGAGGAAUUUUUUAAAGAGAUUUCUUUAGAAAGAGGAAUUUAUUUUAGAAAGAUUUUUUUGAAAUUUUAAGGGGUUUUUGGAUUUUUUUGGAUUUUUGAGAUUACGGAUUUUAAAGAUUGGACUUUAUUUUUUCUUAAAUAUUUUUUCGACAUUUUGUUGUUUCCGAAUUUGAUUUUUGGCUUGAUUUUUUCUAAUUAUUUUAAGUCACCCUUUUAGUAUUUUUUUUAUUUUUCGAGGUUUUAAAUAUUUUUUGAGACUCCCGCAUUGUAAACCCUAUAAUGAUAUAAGCCAACAACUGGUAUAAGAUAUAAGCCCCUAUACUAGGGUCCGACAUAUCCAAAGAGUACCGAUAUAGGUAAAGCCCAUAACUGACCUUAGCC